CCACCUCUAAUUAGUACGUGCCUGCGUUGUGGUGUUCUGUACGGCUUUUGAUUUUGUAAAUUCUUUACAUCACUUUGUAGACAAACAGUUAUUGACAAACUUUUGGUAAAGCAUAAAAAUAUACUUGAUUAUAAAACCGUCAUCUUUAAUUUGGGAAAUUUGCUAUUUGUUUGCUGAUAUGAGAUCUAAUGCACUAUAAUGAAGCGUCCAUUUCCAGCAUUGCCAGGAACCGCACAGUAGUAUACACAACUAUAUGUUUGCAGGUGAACUUGGUUACAUGAUAAUAAUGCAUUCUUAACUCCUUGCUACAAUAAAACAAAUAUCAUUAUUGCCGGUACUAUUAAUUUUCUGAUUAUAAUAUGGAAUGUUCAGAAAUCGUGGGUUCUACCUUUUCUUCGGGAGAUCAAGUAUCUGCAUCUGAUGAUCUAAAUGCAGCGCAGAUCCUCCAACCCGACUGUGUCAAUAGAAAUUUCAUGGACAUAGAGGACAAUGUUGACCGCCACGCGGCCAACAACUUGUCCGGAUUUCGUUGGAAGCGGGUUCUUAACCCAACAGGACCACAGCCGCGUCCUAGGCAUGGGCACCGCGCUAUAAAUAUCAAAGAGCUUAUGGUCGUUUUUGGCGGCGGAAAUGAAGGAAUUGUUGACGAAUUGCACGUCUAUAACACAGUUACAAAUCAAUGGUACGUGCCCGUGCUCAAGGGGGAUGUGCCGAACGGUUGCGCUGCUUAUGGAUUUGUUGUAGAAGGAACUCGAAUGUUUGUCUUUGGGGGAAUGAUCGAAUACGGAAAAUAUUCUAAUGAGCUCUAUGAGCUACAGGCCACAAAAUGGGAGUGGAGAAAAAUGUAUCCAGAAUCACCGGACAGUGGGUUGCCGCCCUGUCCUCGCUUGGGGCACAGCUUUACAAUGGUUGGUGAAAAAAUAUUUCUGUUUGGCGGACUAGCAAAUGAAUCGGACGAUCCAAAAAACAAUAUUCCAAAAUAUUUAAACGACUUGUACAUACUGGAUACUCGAGGAGUUCACAGUCAUAAUGGAAAGUGGAUAGUACCUAAAACGUAUGGCGACAGUCCUCCACCAAGAGAGUCUCACACAGGCAUUUCGUUUGCAAGUAAAGUUACUGGUAAUUUAAACCUCUUAAUUUAUGGAGGAAUGAGUGGAUGUCGGCUGGGAGAUUUGUGGUUGUUAGAUACAGAUUCAAUGACAUGGUCCAAGCCGAGAACUCUAGGGCCAGCGCCUUUACCACGUUCGUUACACAGUUCCACAAUGAUUGCGAACAAAAUGUAUGUGUUCGGUGGCUGGGUUCCAUUGGUGAUUAAUGAUUCCAAGUCGACGACAGAACGGGAAUGGAAAUGUACAAAUACUCUAGCAGUUCUUGACUUAGAAACUAUGACCUGGGACAAUGUCACAUUAGACACAGUAGAGGAGAAUGUACCUCGGGCUCGUGCUGGCCACUGUGCAGUUGGUAUUCAAAGUCGUCUUUACGUGUGGUCAGGGCGAGAUGGUUACCGGAAAGCAUGGAACAACCAGGUUAGGGUUUGUUGCAAAGAUCUAUGGUAUUUAGAGGUCUCAAAGCCGUUAUAUGCAGUUAAAGUUGCACUAGUUCGUGCAUCUACUCACGCCCUAGAACUUUCAUGGACUGCGACCACUUUUGCAGCUGCCUACGUUUUACAGGUCCAAAAAAUCGAGCAGCCAGCAAAUCCAAGUUUUAAACCAUUAAUCCAAAAUAUUGCUCAGCAAGGAACAAAUAAAGCUGGGGCUUCUUCUGGAUCGGCAGUGCCAGAAAAUUGUUCAGAAAGUGCCUUGACUCUUGGAGUUGAAGCAACUUCUACUGUCUUAAAGUUGGAAAAAAAUAUAAUGCAACGGCCUGGCAGUCCAACGGAAACACACAUUCAACCAUCUGUGGAAUUGUUGCCAUCGAUUUCGCCGCCAGUAUCACCAGCAUCAAUUGUCCAAAAGAGACCUAGCCCAGCGGCCGGGACAGCCUUAACCACGUCAACGUCGGCCAUUUCAGUGCAGCCUCAAAUAUCUGUAAUCAGUAGUACUGCCGUAGUAGCAGGAAGCAACACCACGUCCAGUAGUAGUAGCGUUAGCAGCAUAUUGCAAAAGUUUCGACCAUCUGCAACCACCCUAAGACCAUCCACUACAACUACGGUGGCAGGCACUACCAGUGUAGCUGACUCUUUGGCUAUGCGAGUACCUAGUACGAUGGCGGCGAACGUCGUUCUCAGCUCUGUAGCCUCAAGUAGCGCUUUGCGAAUUGUGCCUAGCGUUAAUACUUCGCAAACAUUACGCCUAGCUUCUGCUCAAACGAGCGGCAGCAGCAGCGGUGGCAGCGCUGCAGUCAAUAUAUUAAAAACCAGUCUGCCAAGCGCAGCUGCGCAAUCGCAGUCUGCAGUACCGGCUACUACGUCUAUCGGUGGUAAGCAGUACUUUAUUCAAAAGCCGCUUACACUGGCUCCAAAUGUUCAGCUCCAAUUUGUUAAGACCAGCAGUGGGGGCAUGACUGUUCAAACCCUGCCCAAGGUAAACUUUAAUGUACCAAAAGGAACUACUCCCCAUGGUAUUUCAAUUACAAGCCCACAGUUGGCGUCGGGAACUACCCAAAUUCAGGGAACGUUGCCCGGGAAUCAACUUCAGAAACCUAUCGUUUCUGGAAACGUCCUGAAGCUUGUAUCGCCCCAUUCUAUGGCCAGUGGCAAAUUGAUUAUGAAGAAUACAAACAUUUUACAGAUGGGCAAGGUAACUCCAAACGUAAUGGGAGGAAAACCAGCCUUUGUCAUAACAAAUAAACAGGGAGCGCAAUUGGGAAACCAGCAGAUUAUCAUUGUCACCACUGGUGGCAGUGUGCGAACAGUUCCAGCUAGUACGGUUAUGACUACUGCUAGUGCUGGUGGUAGUGCAACAGGGUCAAAUAUUGUAAGUAUAGUUAGCUCAACGUCGACAACGGCUAGCCCACUGCAAGCAAUAAGUGGGCAAAGAACCGUAAUGUCCAACCAAAGUGGAGUAAAGAUGUUGAGAAAUAUAUCAACGGUACAAACAUCGAGUUCAGUAGCUAUUGGACAGAAAGCAGGCGCCACUCCCAUCCAUCAAAAAACGGCAUUGUAUAUUGGCGGUAAGGCGGUUACGGUCAUGAGCACCAAUGCAAGUAUGGCGGCUUCUGGAAACAUCUCAAAUAAAGUAAUGGUGCUGCCGGGGACAGGCUCGACUAAUUCUGCCACUUCUGCUAUAAAUGCCAGAAAAAGCUUUGUGUUUAAUGCCGGAAAUAACCCACGUGCCGUGACUUUGGCUACUAAAAAUGUGCAUGCAAAGAUUAUACCAUCAGUGCAACCACUUAAGGAGACCAUAUCGGAAACUUUGGUUUCAGUUGCGGAUAUGAAAGAUACCGAUCCCAUGGACGAUAUUAUUGAGCAGUUGGAUGGAGCCGGAGAUCUGUUAAAACUUUCCGAAAGUGAAGCUCAUCCCGGAUCGGAGGAGGAAGACAAUAAUGAUAACAACGCCACGUCGUCGUCAGCUUCUGCGUCAAUAUCUACUGGAGGUGAUACAUCAACAUCACUGAGAGGUCAAAAUACCAAUAAUAUGGAACAGCCAGUUCAGAUUGUUGAAGAUUCCGGCGUAAGCAGCACAACUGGAGCUAUUGCAAUCGAAAGUGUUGAUAAAAUGGAAACCCCCAAGAUGUCCGUAAAAGAAAAUAUUAAUGUUGAAACAAUGGUUAAGUCAACAUCAGCUGCCGAUGAUCCCAAUCACCCGACCAAAUUCGAGACUGAAGCUGCCACUAUAUUGACCACAAUUAAGUCUGCUGAGGCGUUAGAGGGAAGUACGGAUAUGAACAAGGACCCUGGUAAAUCUAUUAUAGAAAGUUAUAAUGAAAACAUAGAAAAAAAAGAAGAUUCCAAGUUUAUACAUGAACAAGAAUCGGUAUCAUUAGUAUCGUCCCAGAACACACACCAAUAUCAAAGCGUCGAUGGUUCGCACUUGGAGGCGCUCGCUUCAGCUGCUGUGCUACAAGCUGCAACUGCAGAUGCCACAACAUUGGCGAACUCUUGCCAAGCAAUCAAAGAGUUAAUAGAACGCCCAGGAAUUGAAGCACAACCCAGAAUUAGCAACGUUGCUGAAAAUCCACAAACCAAUGUUCAAUCCAAUUCGGUGGUGAUCGCUGUCCAAAACACGACACAAAACGAAAACCAAAAAUGGCACACAGUAGGCGUAUUUAAGGAUCUCUCGCACACAGUUACCAGCUAUAUUGAUUCGAAUUGUAUUAGUGAAUCCUUACUGAACGGUAUUGAUGUGGAUAAUCUUCCAGAUUUUAGCAAAUUUCCACGCAUCAAUUUGGAUCCUGGAACGGCAUAUCGAUUUCGUCUGAGUGCCAUCAACACGUGUGGUCGUGGGGAGUGGGGAGAGAUAUCGAGCUUUAAAACCUGUUUACCAGGCUUCCCCGGUGCACCAUCGGCUAUUAAAAUUUCGAAGGACGUCAAAGAGGGGGCUCACUUAACUUGGGAACCGCCACCGGCUCAAAAAACUAAAGAGAUAAUUGAAUAUUCAGUAUACCUUGCAGUAAAACCCACUGCCAAGGAUAAGGCAUUAUCGACUCCUCAAUUGGCUUUUGUACGUGUUUAUGUCGGUGCGGCUAAUCAAUGCACGGUUCCCAAUGCUUCACUCUCCAACGCACAUGUGGAUUGCUCAAACAAACCAGCAAUUAUAUUCCGAAUUGCUGCUCGAAACCAGAAGGGUUACGGACCAGCUACACAAGUUAGAUGGCUGCAAGAUCCUGCAACCACUAAACUGCAAAUACCCUCAAACACGCCAAAUUUGAAACGUUCGCAGGAAAAAACAACUAUUGGAACUAAUAGCGCUGCAAAUUCAUUUUGUUCGCCGCACAAGCGUGGACGCAACGGUUUGCAUGAAUGAUCGACCGAUUAAGUAGCAUUUAGACUUAUAUGGGCAUGGAGAAUGGAGUAAAUUUAAAGCUCAGUAAUAAUGUUGGCAAUACUACAGCUUCCCUCUUAUUAAAAAAAACAAUGUUGUACUCUAUGCUGAAUUCAAAGUGAUUUACAACGAAACUUGAAUAUUAGUGAAUGCAAAUAAUGCAACUUUUUAAGGGUUGGCUAGAUCAGAUGCUUGUACAUUAGGGCAGUUUGGUUUGUUAAAAGACUUAAAAAACUAAAAUAUAAUUUAUUGAUUGACAAUUUUAAACCAGCAUUUUAGUUACAGCUUAAUAGUUAAGAAAUAGUAGCAAACAUACAAUAAAUUAAAAAUGUUUUUAUCAAAACAUGUAAAUCCUCCAUUAUUAUAUGGCAAAUAGGGAGGUUAUUUAAAGAGAAAAAUGCUUUGUUUUUCAUAUAUGACCAACCCUAAUGUACAUGCUAAAUUACAAUUAAAUGAUACUUAAUAAAUAAAUUAUAUUAAAAAAGUAAA